UCUCCUUGACCACCGACGUCAACAGUCCCUCUAUCGUCACUGUCAUCAGCGGAGAGGAACAUUUUGAGGACUACGGAGAAGGGAAUGAGGGGGACCUUUUCUCGGACAGCUUGUGCAAUGGAGAAAGUGGCUUUAGUAGCUCGUCUUUCCUUUCUCCCAGCACCAACCCGCUUGCCACGAAACUGCACAGCAUUAUCACUGAGGAGGUGUUUGAGUUUUAUUGUAGCCAGUGCCAUAAACAAAUCAACCGCCUCGAAGACCUUUCCUCUCGCCUCACUGAUCUUGAAAUGAAUAGCCCGAAUAAGAGACUCUCCAGCAAGAAGAUAGCAAGACACCUGCAUCAGACGGGAAGCUUUUCGAUGGAUAAUAGAGAACCACCUUUCCCGAAGGGCUCCGAGUGCCUGGAGGAGGAUAUCACUGAUAAGGUGAUCUUCUUAGAGAAAAGGGUGACGGAAUUGGAGAAGGACACAGCAGCAAAUGGGGAGCAGCAGAGCCGGUUAAAGCAAGAAAACCUUCAGCUGGUGCACAGGGCAAAUGCCUUGGAAGAGCAGCUGAAAGAGCAAGAGAUGAAAUCGGAUGAAAUUCUUCUGGAUGAAAUCCGGAAACAGAAAGACUUGCUCAGCAGGAUAGAACGAGAAAAAAGCAUUGAGAUUGAAAACCUGCAGGCCCGGAGAAGCAGAAGUUGUUGGACGAAAUUGAAGAUCUCACCGUUCAGCUCACGGAAGAACAGGAGAACAAGAGAAAGAUGGGGGAGAAGUUGAACCAUGAGAGACAUCAGUUCCAGAAAGAUAAAGAGUCCACGCAAGAGCUGAUAGAGGACUUGAGGAAACAGCUGGAACACCUGCAGCUCUUUAAGCUAGAAGCCGAGCAGCGGCGAGGGCGGAGCAGUAGCAUCGGCCUGCAGGAAUACAACAGCCGGGCGCGAGAGAACGAACUGGAACAAGAGAUCAGGCGGCUCAAGCAGGACAACCGAAACUUGAAGGAGCAGAACGAUGAGCUGAACGGGCAGAUCAUCAACCUCAGUAUUCAAGGUGCCAAGAAUCUCUUCUCCGCUUCCUUCUCUGAAUCUCUGGCUGCGGAAAUCAGCUCGGUCUCUAGAGACGAGCUGAUGGAGGCAAUCCAGAAGCAAGAAGAGAUCAACUUCCGACUCCAAGACUACAUCGACCGAAUCAUUGUGGCCAUCAUGGAAACCAACCCAUCCAUCCUGGAAGUCAAGAAUGGAGCAGAAUCUGGGUGGCCCCUUGAAAUAGCCUUCUUGGAAACCUCUCCUGUCCACAAGCAACAGAAGCUGGCUUGUGCUGGAUCCCUCGGCACCUGGAAGCUGUAGCACGGCAGUCAAAGGAGGACUUUCACCUGCCUUCCCAUGCCUCUCUGGUUGAAUCCUCAGCCCUCCCAUCGCCCUCCUUUUUGAAGCUGUUCGGCCAGUAGAAAGGAAAACGGGGCUGCCUUGAACUCCGGCUGGCUUCGUUGUCCCUUGUGCUGUUUUGUAGGGAGCCCCCCCCUGGUUUUUUUUGGGGGGGACCUCUGCCUUAAAACUCAUGAGUUGUGGUGCUUUGGGGAAUUGGAGCCCCUCUGCAGAGAGGUGGGCUGAUGUAAAAGAAAAGAAGGUCAAACCCAGGCAUGGUCCUCUGGAUGAUUUGGGUGGGUGGCAGCCCUGGCUGAUGAAUUUGGUUGCCGGGGGACAGCUGGCGAAUGGCUGUGCUGGAGGAGGAGGAGGAAGCUCAGCUGAUGAUACUGAAUGUGGAAGCAGAGCUGAUCCUUUAUCCCUCUUGGCGGCAGCCGCUUCCUUCCAUGUUUCAUUCAUCUCACACCCUUUUUUCGUUUGGUGUUUUCAUGGGUUAAAAUCACUUUAAGGCAAGCAUGGCAACAGAUAUGUCGGUUCAAUAAUGAAAACAGGGGAGGAGAGAGGUGGGGAGGGGGGAAAGGGACAUCACGGGACCGGAAGAAGGGAGUUGUUUUUGUCUCUUGGCACCAACACAUCACUUUGCUUUAGAAGGGCCUGUUCAAGCUCUAGUAGAACAUUGCUUUGGCUUUGCAUCCAUCCCUUUGGGAAGGCGCUGAAAGAGAAAUUGCACCUUUUAAGCUCUUUUGCUCUUCUGCCUUCUCCUUGGGUCGAAGUAGAUUUGCAUAUCGAUGGGAGGCUGAAAAACCAGCCAUUGGGGACAAGUCAACUUUCCCCCCCAACAUAAAUUUUAGGCAAGCGGAUGAAUUUUGCCCGUAUCUAGAAAGCAGGCUAUUUCCCCUGAAAAAAGAAAGAAAAGGUUUUCAAUGUGUUUUAAAUCUGCCCCUUUGAGAUGUGUUUUAAAAGAGCUUCUCGGGGGUUCUUUAAUUUUUUUUUUUUAAUGCCACUGUUUGGAAUUUGAAA